AUGAGUUAUACAAGUGAUUGUGAUGAAAGUGAUUACUUCAAUAACCAUUGGACAUCGAAUGGUAGUGAACGUUCCAUCCCAAAGAUGUCCAGUGAAGGUUCUUCGGAUGAAAUAGAUGGUGAAGCCGAGCUAAAUGUUACCGAGGAAUAUAACCGAAGCGAAUUGUCACCGCCUGGAUCAGAUUUGGAGUUGAGCUUUGCAUCAUCCAACAUUUAUUCCGCUAAUUCCCGGACCAGUUCAAUAAUCAGUGAGCACAAUGCUAACAAACAAGCGCCAAUAGAUCGUGCGAUUGACGAAAUUCCUGGUUUGGUAAAUGACGAUUUUACGGAUGAUACUGAGUUUUCUGAUGAUAAAAAAUCAGAGAAAGAACUGUCAAAUGAAGUCGACGAUGAAUUUGUUAUGAAACAACUUGAAAAAUUGAUUGUCCGUCGGAACAAGAAAGAUAAUGAAGCUCGUUUGAGAUGGUUGACAUUUUUACGUGAACAAAAGGAAGCGGAAGAAGAAGCGAAACAAUUUCAGGCAUAUUGGAAAAGAAGACAUCAGGAAGAUAAAGAUUUAUGGAGAGAUAAAGAUUUUGCAAAUGCAAUUUAUAAAAUGUGUCGAGCUGGUUAUAAAGGAAAACACGGUCAUUUUGAUGUGCCCGAACAAAUUCUGCAGCAGAUGAAUGCACUCUACAUGCAGAUUACUGUAGGCGAUUACGGUUUAAAUGAGGCUGAUAGUAACUGCACAGUAAUAUAUGUAAGCAUAUUUUCAGAUGGAAACAAACGUUUGAAAUGCGCAAAAGAAUGGGAAAAACUUAAAGGCAAAACAAAAAUCGAUUGCCAAAAAGAAUUUAUAAAAUUAACAAAUCGAACGAUUACAAUGUAUGGAUGGAAUCCGCCAGACGGUUGGCUAUAA